AUGGACCCCAGAUAUAGCGCACAAGAAGUACUACUUUGUGACCUUUGUGAAAAAGAUGAGCUACAAACUCAUUGUGAACCUUGUAAUGUAAACCUUUGUUUAAACUGCAUUGGGAAACACCUGUUUGAUCCGUCUAAAAGACACAACGUUGUGCCAUACAGGCAAGUAAAACAGGACCAACAACAGAACUUUACUUACAUUUAUCCGAAAUGUUCAAAACAUGCCCCCAAAAAUUGUGAACUUUUUUGUGAAGAAUGUGACAUUUCUAUUUGUUCUGGGUGCCUCUCUUCUGGAAAACAUAAAGGACAUGAUUUGUUGGAUAUCCUACAAAAACACAAAUCUAAGAUAGAAAUUCUUAAAAUUGAUCUGACAGAGCUCAGACAUAGGAUAUAUCCCACCUUUCAAAAUAUUGCGUCUGGUGUAAAGGUGGAAAAAGAAAAGUUAGACAAGCAUUAUGGGCAACUAACAUCAGAUGUCAUUAAACAAGGAGAUAACUGGCAUAGAGAAAUUGAAAUAAUUGUGAACAAAAGAAAAUCGGAAAUUGAAGUGAUGAAGAUGAAACAUUUGAUGGCCCUAGAAAAGCAGGAAAAUGAAAUUACAACAAUACUGUCUGAGAUAAAUCAGAGUACUGUCAAACUUGAGAAAGUACUGUCAUCCAGUGAUGUCUCAUUGGCAUUUGAAAACCAAUCUAAAAAUUCUGAAUUUAGAAAGUUGCCUCCUAAACUCAAUGCAACCUUACCAAAAUUUUUUGCUUCAAAGAUCAAUACAGAAGAAUUCAAUCUCUUAUUUGGUAAGCUUUCAGAAUUAUCCAUAAGGAUAGAGGAUCCUGAACCUUCAUGUCUUCCCCCAUUCAAACCAUUUCUUGACGAACCAGAGUUAAUCACAACUCUGUUCACUGAUUUUGUUAAUCUAACGAGUGUCUCCUGUUCUAAAGAAGAAGAAAUUUGGACCUGUGGAAGAAACAAAAUAAUGAAACUGUACAAUAUCGAAAGCGAGCUGCUAAUGCCUGUCAAAAGUAAGUCAGGGAAUGACGUCGAGGACAUAGUGGUGAUGAAGAGUGCAGAAUUAGUUUACACUGAUCCUGAUGAAAGAACUGUGAACAUAGUAAAGAAAAAUCAAAUAGAAGAAUUGAUUCGACUUCAAGGGUGGAAACCCCGCUUUCUCUGCAGUACCUCUUCUGACGAACUUCUAGUUACCAUGGACAGUGAUGAUAAUAAACAAUCAAAAGUUGUCCGUUACUCUGGAUCUACAGUAAAACAAACCAUUCAGUUUGAUGAUGGACGCCUCUCUCUGUAUUCAUCGCCUGGUUACUUUAAGUACAUUUGCGAGAACAAAAACCUGGACAUCUGUGUAGCAGAUAAUGGAGCCCAGGCAGUAGUAGUUGUAAAUCACACAGGAAAUCUCCGAUUCAGGUACACUGGUUGUCCCUCGUCUUCCAGACGCUUUUAUCCAUAUGGCAUAACUAAAGACAGUCGGAGUCAAAUCCUUAUUUCAGAAAAUCUCAGAGACCGUAUUCAUAUUUUAGACCAAGAUGGACGGUUUCUUAGUUUCAUUGAAAACUUUGACCUUGUUAAUCCAUGGGGCUUAUGUGUUGACAGCAAAGACGACCUUCUUGUGGUCAUGAGCUCAAAUGGAGAGGUGAAAAAAAUCAAAUACAUGUAA